AUGGAUGACCGUGGACGGCCAAUUCGGUCGUCCUCGAGGAGGUCUUCCACUCAGAGAAUCAAACCGCGUGCCCGAGCAUCCAACCAGUCGCUCCACAGCGCUGGCCGACCGCAGGAGAACACGACCUUCACCUCAUUCGAACCAUUUUCGCCGCCGAACAACGUCACGUCGAGUUACAGCAGCAACGCGAGCACCACGGCGAAUGGCCUGAGCCUUGCGGUCAUGAACGGCAACGGCAGCAAUCACGCUGGUCGAGAUGACGCCUCGGUCCGCUCCUAUUCAUCCAGCAAACGGUCCCGCUCCAUCUACGCUCCUGAUAGGCAAAACUCUCUUGCCGAAGACGUUUAUGGCGAGGUGGCCGCCAGUUCAGGCAAUGAGACCGAAGCCGAAGCUGCCUCUGGUUCCGAGCACGACACACGACCACUCGAACAAGUCUCGGCGGCGAGCCAUUCUCUCAUCAACGUCCUCAACAUGGCUCCCAGGGACGAGUCUCGCCCACCGCUCUUCAACGACGUCAAUGACCAACUUAACAACCCUCAGGUCCUACAAAAAUCCGACGACAAGACCAUCGUAGCCUACGUCAAGCGUCAAGGCGGCGCAGGCAGGGUCAUCCGAAGACUGGCCAAAGAUGUCAGCGAUCGUGAUGCUGAGAUAUCGCGCUUGCGCAGAACGGUGGAAGAGUUCGGUACACUCUUCAAGGACCACUUAAUGGCCGUCCACGAAAUGUCAAGAUUGGAGGCCGACAGGACAGUGCGCGACUCGCCAGUCUUUUCAAAGCCAUCCGCAAACGAUUUACAAGAAGAGUUGGAAUCUGCUUCAUCGGACAAUCUCUUCGGCGAAAGCCGUGCUGCUCUGGCUAGCGAUUCGUCCACGGUCACAGCCAACACGCAAGCCUCUGUCUCGCCUCUUGUCAGGAAGGAUACCUCGACUAGCCCAGGCUUCCCUUCUGGUUCCUCGACUAUUCGCGCGCCACGCAAUUCUGCUGCCAACUUGAAGGUCGACACCAACAGGAUGCCUAAGCAGCGAGGUGGUCUCUUCAAUCUGUUUGGUGGUGGCGGCUCUGUACGGCAGCCAGCGAAACAACAAAAUCGACACUCAAUUGCUUCGAUGCUGGAUCCAAGGAUGCUGAACAUUCGCAGUCCGAGCAUUGCACAGGCUCCUCGCUCAAAUUCUAUGUCAUCGUACAAACCGCUAGAGAUGGAACAAAAGAUCGAGAAUGAGGAUCUGCCACCACCUCUGCUGGACAUGAAAAUCAUCAAAAUUCUAUUCCGGGCUUUCAUCGCUGACAAUUAUGGGUUCAUCAUUGACGGUCCUCGUGUUCAACAGUGGCUCUGGUCUCUAGAGAGACACAGAUUCGUCUCCAAGAGCCGCACUACUUCGAUCCUCACUCGAGCUACCUCUAACACCCGUUCUGCAUCCAUUACAUCCAUCGAGGAAGGUGACAAUGAAGAAGCCGUCGAUGUCACAGCCCAGGAGGACGGAUCCACCGAAGCGAACGAAGAGUCUCGCCCAUGGCAUGAGUUUCUCAAAAUCGAAGUCACCAAGCAAGCUUUGCUUUCACGUCUUCCUAUUCAGCUUCACGGGGCUAAGAUGACCGACAGCGCUAGCAUCUCUUCGGUCGAUACUGACGAUGGCGUUCCACGACUGGAAGAGCUGUGCGAUCCUGCAGAUUUCACUACACAUGCAGAACAUCUACGUGAUGAGAUUUCGGCAGAGUAUACUCAGCUGCAAGUUGCUCGAGAGCAAGCAUACGACCGCUUGAUGGCCAAGGUCGAAGAGCCGAAACUUGCUAGUAACAGGUUCUCACGUAUCUUUACCACUGCAACAGAGGCAGUACCCACAAAUCGCGUCGAAGCAAUGGGUACCAGUACCGUGGGCAUUGCAAAUCUUGCGCAAUCAGGAGUUAGUGGUCCGUUCGUGAAGUUCGUCCUCGACGGUAUUCCGAUGAAGAUGCGUGCCAAGAUCUGGUUGGAGAGUGCGCAGUCAAGCAUUCAUUAUUCGCCAGAAGACUUCAGCAUGUUGGCAGCCGAGUACAACACACACCCAGAUGACCAAAGAUAUCUACACGAUAUUGAAAUGGACACACCUCGUACACUGACCAACAAUGUGUACUUCCGAAAGGAGAAGAAUCAGGAUGCGCUGGCGCUGUUGCUGGGCUGCUUCGCCAUCAGAAAUAAAGAUAUCGGGUACUGCCAAGGCUUCAACAUCAUCGCUGGCUACCUGUUGCUUGCUAUGCCAACUACCGAGCAAGCAUUCUGGGUCUUCUGCUUCCUUAUUGAGAAAGUGCUACCCGCGUCUUACUUCACUGCUGAGCAUGACUGGCAAGGCCCGCGUGCGGAUACUAUCGUGCUGCGUCACUACAUUCAGGCUUUGUUGCCGCGUCUUGGUACUCACCUUGACGAGCUAGACGUCUUGGAUGAGCAGACAGUACCGAUCAACUGGUUCCUCACUGCCUUUGCAUCCACACUGUCAGUGGAAGCACUGUUCCGUGUAUGGGAUGUUGUACUGGGUAUCCCUGGACAGAACCAACAAGUCUUCCUGUUGCAUGUGGCCAUCGCACUCCUCAAGCUCAACGAAGAGGAGUUGUUGAAGCUAGAUUCGGCAGCCGCUGUGUACGAUUACAUGGACCGUAAGAUGGCUAGAGGUGUAGUCACCAUUGAUGGAUUGAUUCAAGCGUCUUCGAGGCUGGGUCCGAUCGUUACGGCGAAGAGUGUUGAGAAGAGAAGAGCCGAGGCUGCCAAGACGCUGUGA